CAAUAAAAUCGUGAGAUUAUUUACUCUCACGUACGAGAAAAUGCUCGUCCUCGUAUAGCGAUAUUCAAUAAGCGGUUACGUGGGUAUCAUAAUGAUGAGGUGACACCUGGUUCUGCCAUGCGGAACAGGUCAGUCACUGUUAUUUUCGGCUCUCUUGUUCUGUGGGGUUUGAUUACAUACUUUUUGAUUUCUGAUCAGCCAGUGAGUAAGGAACAGGAUACGGCUAGAGUAUCGAAUCAAAUUAGUAAAUUGGAGAGGAGAGUGAAGCAAGAAAUAGCUUUGAAUCAGGAACUUUUUCAGAAUAUUAAAGAAGAUAAGCAACAUAAAAAAAAAAUAGAUACUGUAAAUGGAAACACAGGUGGACAGCACAAGGAUACUAAUCAUGUCAAUCAAGACAAGAUUCUCCUUGAAAAAGAGGAAAAGGAUAUAGAGAAUAAUAAUAUAAAUGCACAUGAGGUACAAACAGAUCCUGUGCAUUUAAGUGAAACCUCUCAUAAUGUUCCUAUAAAAGGAAAGCUACCAAAUGGAUCUCCAAUAAUAGCAGUUUUGGUGUUUUCUUGCAAUCGUAUUACUGUACAAAGAUGUCUUGAUCAGUUGAUAAAAUACAGACCCAAUGUAGAACAAUUUCCUAUUGUUGUCUCUGAAGAUUGUCAACAUCGCCAGACAGCUGAAGUUAUUGCUAGAUAUGGAAAUCAAAUAAUGCACAUACAACAACCAGAUCAAUCAGAUAUUGAAGUACCCCCAAAAGAAAAGAAGUUUAAAGGAUAUUUCAAAAUUGCACGCCAUUAUGGAUGGGCUCUUAAUCAUGCAUUCUUUGAACUUGGAUAUGAUACUGUGAUAAUAGUUGAAGAUGAUUUGGACAUAGCCCCAGACUUUUUUGAAUAUUUUCUGGGUACAUAUCCUCUAUUAGUGUCUGAUAAUUCUCUGUGGUGCGUGUCAGCAUGGAACGACAACGGCAAAGCUGGUUUGGUUGACGAGAAUGCAGUAGAUGUGUUAUAUAGAACAGACUUUUUUCCUGGGCUAGGUUGGAUGCUAACGCGUCAAUUAUGGACAGAACUUUCUCCGAAAUGGCCCAAAUCUUAUUGGGACGAUUGGAUAAGACAACCCGAACAACGUCGAAAUAGAGCCUGUAUUAGACCAGAAAUAUCCAGAACAAGAACAUUUGGCAAGACUGGAGUAAGCAAUGGAAUGUUCUACGAAAGGCAUUUAAAAUAUAUCAAGCUGAACACUGAAUUCGUGCAUUUCACAAAAAUGAAUUUAACAUACUUAUCAAAAGACAAUUAUGAUAUAAAUUUCGUUAAUCAAGUGUAUCAAUCUACAGUGGUAAGUUUCUCUGAAUUGAAAAAUGGAAAGGUUAUGGCACCAGGCGCCGUACGAAUCCCUUACUAUUCCAGACAAGCGUAUAAAACCACUGCCAAGCAAUUCGGAUUGAUGGACGACUUCAGGAGCGGUGUACCUAGAACUGGUUAUCGUGGAGUGGUCACGUUCUUUUACAAAGGAAGAAGAGUACAUUUAGCGCCAAGUGCAAACUGGAAUGGCUAUGAUAUAACUUGGAGCUAACAAAAAUUUUGAACUUUUUUUUAGAAUGAUACGAGAUUAAUUGCUUCCACGAAGACAUUCGUUAAAAUUGAGUAAAUAUUUUAACUACGUUGGGCAAAUAAACAGAUAUACAUACACACACACAUGCUCGCGCGCGUGCAGCACGAACGUUUAUUGGUUACGAAAAAUAUAUAUCGAGUCGAUGAAUCUACUCAAGAACAACGCGGCUGCUUGUAAUUUUUCUUGUAGAAAAUUUUCCUGCGAAAUUCGAAUAAGCAUUGUUAUGUAAUAAGAGAUUUGCAUAGUGCCUCAAGAAAAAAAAAAAACUUACCCACUGUUUGUACACGCAGUGCUGUGUAGACUAUGAUAUCCGAGAAAACUGCUUCUUCAAUUUAUAAAUUGUAAUGUGUUACUUUCUUACAAAGUAAAAAAUGAAAAAGAAUAAAAAAAUAUGUACAAUGAAAAUAUACAUAGUUGGAAGAAACAGUGUUCCAGAAUAUCAUGUUUACAUUACACUGUAUACCCAGAUUAUAAAACGACUGACAAGAAAGGCUUAGAUUAUUCGUGCAAUUUGGUUUCUAUUGGUGUUGCUUCUCUUCCAUAUUAUUUAAUU